AUGGAUAUAACUAAUAGAAGUAAUUGUAAAAUCGAGUUAUUUUUAACAGAUAGACAUAAAUGUAUACGUGCAUUUAUCCGUACACAGCAUCCAGAUAUUAAACAUGAAUUCGAUAUUUGGCAUUUAAGUAAGAGUUUAAUGAAAAGAUUAAAACCACUCGAAAAGAAAUAUCCUGAUACUUUUUUAUGGAAAUCGUCAAUUAACAAUCAUAUUUGGUGGUCAGCACAGACAAGUGUAGGAGAUGAAGAAAAACUCAUUGAUAAAUUUACAUCUAUAUUAAAACACAUAUCAAAUGAGCAUGAGUGGGAAGAUAAUGGUGAAAAAAAGAGAUGCGAGAAUGAAAAAUUAAAUGAAAAUGAAAUACGAAAUAAAAUGUGGAUAGACCCAGAAAGCGAAUCAUAUUACGCUUUGAAAAAAAUUAUCAUGACAAAAGACUUUUUAAAGGAUUUGACACAUGCUACUCAUUUUGUACAUACUGGUAGAUUGGAGUCGUAUCACAAUUUACGAUUAAAAUAUAUGCCAAAACGUAUAUACUUAAAAUACAAAGGUAUGUAUAUGAGAAGUAUCAUUGCUAUACUAGAUCAUAAUAACAAUGUAAAUAAAAAGGAAGUCGGAGAGAAAAUAGUAUUUUCCAAACCAGCCAGUAGAUAUGUCAUAUAA